AUGAGUUUGCUACGAAUGAAUACUUUGAUCAGCAACAGUAGAUCAAUAGGAAGAUUAAAAGAAACAUUGCGUAUAUUAUCCGCUCGUAAUCAUAGACAGUUCAGGACCAUUCAACAAGGCAGCGAAUAUACUAUUGGGUUCAAGAAAUAUGUAAUACUGCAAAAUGGAGAAGUUGGCUCGUUUUUCCAUGAUAUUCCCCUAGAUUUAAAUGAACGCGAAAAGACUGUAAACAUGAUAGUUGAGGUGCCAAGAUGGACAACUGGAAAAUUUGAAAUAUCUAAAGAGUUGAGAUUUAAUCCGAUCAUUCAAGAUACAAAAAAUGGUAAGCUUAGAUUUGUAAAUAACAUCUUCCCAUAUCAUGGCUAUAUACACAACUAUGGUGCUAUCCCACAAACGUGGGAGGAUCCAACGAUGGAGCACGAGUUGGGUAGUGACGACGUGGCUUUGAAAGGUGACAAUGACCCUCUUGAUUGCUGCGAAAUUGGCUCUGAUGUUCUGAAGAUGGGUUCCAUAAAAAAGGUGAAGGUAUUAGGAUCACUGGCUUUGAUUGACGAUGGAGAAUUGGAUUGGAAGAUCAUAGUAAUUGAUGUAAACGACCCCUUAUCUCCCAAAAUUAAUAGCCUGGAAAAUGUUGAGAAACAUUUUCCUGGAAUUUUGAAUGCUACUAGAGAAUGGUUUAGAAAGUACAAGGUUCCAGCAGGAAAGCCGUUAAAUAAAUUUGCCUUUCGUGAACAGUAUAAGGACUCCAAUAAUACCAUCCAAAUUAUAAAGGACUGUCAUGACUCAUGGCGGAAACUCAUAUCAGGAUCAUUGCAAAAUAAGUAUGAAAAUCUGCCUAAUACUGAAAGAGCAGGCAAGGGUGUCACACUCGAAGAUAGUACUGAACCUCCUUCUCAAAUACCACCUGACGUGGAAAAAUGGCAUUAUGUCUAA